AUAUACGAUUAUUUGUGACAUUUAUAGAAGUACUUCUGUACUAGGAUAUAUGAGCGGAAAGCUGUCUGUCAAACUAGAUCCUGGGUGUGGAAUAGUCUCUGCAUCACCCUGUUUGGAACAGACUGAUAAGGCUCGUUUCUUAGCAACCACAGUCUGCCAUAGCCAGAAACCUGUCCCUCUGCAGCUGGAGGGAAAAUUCUGAAUGUCUCAAAUUUGUACCUUUAACCAAGACCUCUGUCAUUCCUGGGCAUGGAGGUGCCAUAUGUCCUUCUCUUAACUAAACUUGUAGCAGAAGUUGCCAGCAAAUCUACUCAGACUUUGAUUUCAGAGACAGAAUGUUGUGUGGAUGUGUGGGAUACAAACAGUUCCUGUCCAGUAACCAACCAGUGCAGUCCAGGUUGUUACAGGCGAUGGAAUGAGGAUGGCAGUAGUAGCUGCAUUAAAUGCAAAAAUGAAACCCUUCCUGUUGCACCUGUUUACAAUCUGACUGAUUGCAGAAAUUCUGGUAGCAGAGGAAUGAAUUUCCAAAUGAAUAUAAGCACUGUAACUCCCUUCAUACAGAACAUAGGAGGCCCGGAAGUGGCAGCCUCUCUUAUUGUGGGAACAUUUUUCAUCAGUUUAUUCUUGAUUCUGUCUGUUGCUUCUUUCUUCUACCUCAAACGUGCCAAUAAACUUCCUAACAUUUUCUACAGAAGAAAUAAAGCAUCUGUUCUCCAGCCUAGUGAAACGGCAUCCAUGAUACCUCCCCCUGCUUCUUCAGUUCGGAAGCCGCGAUAUGUCAGACGAGAACGGUCGAUAGUGACAUCUGCAUCUUCUGCUAUGAUCUCUUCUGCAGAAACGAGGGUCAGCAAUGUUUAGCCUUCAUUCUUAACUGAAGACCUUUUAAGCAUACACAGUGUCGAAGAGUUUUCUAAAUCCACUGAAGUGCCAGGAAAACAUCGCAAGCAGAUGACCUAAAUGCAAGCCAAAUUACUGUGUCAAGGGGUUUGUGCCAAAUAUUAACAGAGAAAUGAACUAAUAUAAAGAUACUGAUGACAGGCUACAUCCAGUUCUGUGAACUGCUUUGGUGGGUUUGGAAUGCACUGUUGCAGCUCUGUGGUUUCAUUUGUCUCCUACAGAUGCUGUGUUUGAAAUCUGUACGGUAUCUGCCUUUCUUUGGUACGCUUUCAGUUUUUGACAAGUUUUUCUUUCUAUGUUGUGAUAUGUUCUCUGUCUCCAGAGCUGAAUGUCUUGGUGCUGCAGACCAACACAAAAUAUUGGGAUUACUCAAGGGUGUGGGCUUGUUUGAAUGGCCCUCUUGUAAAUGUUAACACUAAGUGCCACUGCUUUAGUGUUGUAGGAGAACAUAACAAUACUUAAAAUGCAGUAUUCUUUUGAUGCAAAAACUGACGCCUCUUGGAGCAUCUUCCUCAGCCUCUGACAUUGGACAGUUGAAAAACAAGAUCACCCAGAUACUGUUGUUCUCAUUGCUGCUGAAGACUGUGGUCAGUACGAAUCUGAUCUAAAAUGCGUGAAUUUGCUGGAAAGCUUUUACAAUGGUUUCAGCUUGGUCUCUGGAUUAAAAAGCCAUUUGCUAUGGCUUUGAUAGGCUGCUAUGUUAUCCCUGCUAUGCAAAGACGGUCUCCACUAGCUUGUUUCCCUCAAUACAGUAGCUGAAGGGAAACCAAACUUCCUGGAGGGUAGCUGUGCAUCCUUUAGACUUGUCAGUGACUAUUGCGAUGAAUUGGAGAGAUCAGGUGAAUUCCUGCCAAUAGGUUUUCUUUCAUCAAGCUCUUCAUUAACAUGACUGACAUCUGCAGGCCAGCACCUUGUGGCAGAGCUUUACGAGUAUUGUCUUGUUGACAGUGCCAGUAUAAAUAGCUCCUAGUCUCAGAUGGUUGACCUUGUUCAUCUUAUGCUAAUUAUGCAGUGCACUUGAUCAGGAAAUUGAUGUACCUAUAAUUAAUUUUUUUUUUGCCUAUGUUACCUUUGAACCAGAUUGUUUCCUGGUGCGGUUGACUGUGUUACCACAUGAACACUUAUAUCAUCACAGUGGGCACUUGUGGUAUGGGCAUGAGAGUGGGUGACUGGGAAAUGAGUGAAAAACUUGAGGCUGCUAAAUUGGUUGAAGUGUCACUCUCACCACACGUGAAAUUAUUCCUAAGCAGCUUGUGCAUUCCUUCCUGCCUGUGUUGCUAUUGCCUGUUUUGGUUUAUCCCCUUACAUUAUGGUUCUGUACUCCUAAAAUAAAUGACUUUGUGGCUUUUCAUUACAGGCCACUGACAUGAACAUAAUGAUCUCAAACUACAACAGUUGAUUCCCUCUGUCAGAAAAUGUGAACAAAGCUGUCUUGAGUUGAUGUGAUGCACAUAUGGAGAGUGCAAAGAUCCAGAUUGUCUUCCCCCUAUGGUUAGAGGCUUGUUAAAAGCAGUAGGAUCAGAAUUGGUAUGGGAGGGGAUAUGUUUUAUCUUAUUGAAGAGACCUGUUUUUAUGCAAGCUUCAGUGCAGUUAUAAUUACUUAUGUCUAUCUCCUAAAAAGGAGAGAGAUCUCUUGUAGCAUCCCAACAAGCAAUGGCAAAGACUAAGGAUAAAGGACAAACCAUGAAGAAGCAAGGUCUGCUGACUCAAAAAAAAAAACAUGAAUUGUGAUAUGGAAAUAUUACCUUUCUAUGGCAAUGGUAAAAGAAAUUUUUGUUCUAGUGGACAAAACUAAGCACAACAGACAACUCCAUUUGAGAUGUUUCACAUUUUGAUAUGAAAUAUGCUUAUAAUUCAUAUGUUCCCUGUUCAGGAGGCAGCAGUUUUGUCUUAGUCAUUUUGAUGUCUUUUUAUGUCUAUACUGCUGAGGUUUUCCCCAGGUAGAAAUUUGUUUGGAAGCAAUAAGUUUUUCCUGAACUUAGUUGCUGAAUAUUUUCCUAACCUUUAAGGAAAAGGAAUAACUAUGCAAAUAAUCUAAUGCCAAGAAACUGCACCUUUUAAAGCAGGGAAUUUCUGCUUGUGAAUCUGUCAGUGAUAGUGAUACAUCUUUGAAUUAUGUAGUUGCUAACUUUGAAUUAUGUAGUUGCUAACCUGUUCUUUCUGUCCAUAAAUUGUUGAAGGAGCACUCAUGCCACUGUUGUACUGGGACUUAAAUAUCCCACACCACUGCUACAUGUAUGUAUCUGUCUGAACCCUAUCUGAUCCUCAAGUGUGUAUUGUUACUUAGUUCAGUGUCAAAUGUCUUAAUGCUCUAACUUCUUCUGUGCAGUCAAGUUUUUUCUGAAUGCUAAUGUCUUUCUCCCCCUGUUAUUUCUCUUCUUUCUUUUUCCCCAACUGUUUUAAAUGCAGCAGUUGUUUUGGGUUUUUUUUUUUUUGUUUGUUUGGUUGGUUUUUUGCAUUUUAAGAACUGUUCAGCUUUCAUUUUGCUAUUUGACACAGUGAACUCCUGAUCUGAACAGUUUCUGGUUCAUUUGCACUGUUAAUUUAAAUACAUAAUGUGAUGUUUUGGUUCUCACCCCCCUCCAAAAUAAUAGUAACAUUAAAAAAAAAAAAAAAAAAAAAAAAAAAAAGCUUUAAUGAGCCCUCAGCUUUGAGCUAAAUAACGUAAUUCCAACACAAAGGAUUGAUAUGUAAUGUAUUUGUGUAUUUUUAAA